AUAGAAAGUUUGAGAGCGAAAGAGAUAGCCUUUGAGCGUCGAGGAUACAUCUUUCUCUCCGUCUCCGUGCAAAAAGCACUUCAUUUCAUCUCAAAGCCUCUGUUUUUCUUAGGUUCAACUUCAGAGAGCUACUUAAAUCUUCUUGCCAGUUACCAAAACCUUCCUACAUUAUUUUUGAGAAUCCUACAAGGGAAGGUAGAGAUGCCAGACAAAGAGUCAGCCAGCUAUCUCUCUGCUAUUGGAUUUAUAGACCAAAGAGUGAAUAGUCAUAAGAAGUUCAAACCAGGGGAUAAAACGUAUAUUGUUGCGCUUUCUGCAGUGGCAUCAAAAGUAGCCUACGAGAAUAAAGCCUUCAUCCGAGCAACUGUUGAAGAUCAAUGGAAGAUGGAUUUGUUGGGUUCCUAUGAUUUUUGGAAUGAAUAUCACGAAAAGAAAUCAACUCAAGGAUUCUUAUUUCAUGAUAAAACUCCUUGUCCAGACGUAAUAAUUGUGGCAUUUAGAGGUACAGAACCCUUCAAUUCAGAUGAUUGGAGUACGGAUUUCGACAUAUCUUGGUACGAAUUCCAGGGCAUGGGCAAAGUCCACAGCGGUUUCAUGAAGGCUCUGGGCUUACAGAAAGAUAAAAAAUGGCCUCCCAAUAUUACACAAGACGACCAACGCCCAUUAGCGUACUACACAAUCAGGGAAAAACUAAGAGACCUCUUACAGAAAAAUAAGCAAACAAAGUUUGUCCUAACAGGACACAGCUUAGGCGGUGCGCUUGCAGUUCUUUUUGCUGCAGUUCUUGCAUUUCAUAAUGAGACUUUUAUACUGGAAAGAUUGGAAGCAAUUUACACAUUUGGGCAGCCAAGAGUAGGUGAUGCCGAGUUUGGCGAUUUCAUGAAGGAAAAUUUAAGGAAUUAUGGCAUUGAAUAUUAUAGAUUUGUUUACAGUCAUGAUGUUGUGUCCAGAUUGCCUUAUGAUGACUCCAUCAUGCUUUUUAAACACUUCGGAACGUGCCUUUACUAUAACAGCAUAUACGAAGGAAAGAUUGUGUCAGAAGAACCAGACAGGAAUUACUUUUCUGUGAGAUCACUAAUAUCAAAGAGGGUGGAUGCAUUGUGGGAGUUGGUGAGAAGCUUUCUUCUUCCAUAUUUGUAUGGAACAGAAUACAGAGAAAACUUGCUUCUACAAGCACUUAGGUUGUAUGGACUAGUAUUUCCAGGCAUGCCGGCUCAUGGUCCCCAAGAGUAUAUUAAUGCAAUUUGUUUGGGAGAUGCUAAUUUGUUCACCAAUGUUGGUACAUCAUCUUGACAAUUCUCGUCUACUUUGAUAUCUUAUUGGAAAUUGGAUAUUAUUCCUCCAUUA